AUGGAUGAUCUCAAGUUGCUUGCUCCAAAUGCUCAGAGGCUGGUGGAGCUGCUGAAAAUCACAAAGGAUUUCAGUAGCUCCAUCAGCAUGGAGUUUGGGCUGGACAAGUGUGCGGUUAUCCAUGUGGAUAGAGGUCGGAUAAGUGAUUCCACCCAAGUGGACCUACCGGAUGGAUCCACCAUCCGUACCCUCUCCGAAACUGAUACAUACCGGUAUCUGGGUAUGUCACAGUAAUCUGGGUGUGCAUAUGGCGGACGUGAAACAAUCCGUUAAGGAGGCCUUUUUGGGACGCCUGACUAAGGUGCUUGAAAGCUACCUGUCAGGCGUCAACAAAGUCAGGGCCAUCAACGGUUGGGUCAUGCCAGUCCUAAUGUACACCUUUGGCAUACUCAGAUGGACUCAGACCGAAUUGGACGCCCUGGAUCGGAAAGUGCGCACAACUUUGACACUCCAUAGGAUGCACCACCCGAGAUCGUCAGUGAUGAGGCUGUAUAUCCCGAGGAAGAGCGGCGGUCGUGGGCUGCUCAGUGCGAAAACCCUGCACAACCGCGAGAUACACAGUCUCCGUAAUUACUUCCUGGCGAAAUCGGAAUCCAGUGAGUUGCAUAGAGAUGUCAAAGCAUGUGAUGUAGGACUAACCCCUCUCUCUUUGGCCACCGAGCAAUGGCGAGAACCGGCAGUACUUAGCACCACUGACCGAGAGGCCGUUUGGAGGGAGAAGGAGUUGCACGGUAGGUUCUACAAGGCGCUACACGAGCGUCAUGUGGAUCCGAGAGCCUCCGUGCAUUGGCUGCGCUUCGGGGACCUCUUUGGGGAAACCGAAGGUUUUGUCUGUGCAAUACAGGACCAGGUCAUUAUGACCCGAAACUACCGGAAGUAUAUCCUGAAGGAUGGGACAGAGGACGUUUGUAGAGCCUGUCACCAGCCCGGUGAGUCACUCAGGCAUAUUACUUCCGGUUGUCCUGUACUGGCUAAUACCGAGUAUUUGCACAGACAUGACCAAGCAGCCAAAAUACUCCAUCUCGAGCUAGCCUUCAAAUACGGCCUCAUAGGCGAAAAGGUGCCGUACUAUAAGUAUGUGCCGGAGCCAGUUCUUGAAAACGACCGCGCUCGAUUGUACUGGGACCGGUCCGUCAUUACGGACAGGACUGUUCCUGCGAACAAGCCUGAUAUCGUACUGAUGGACCGGGCGGAAUCUCGGGUGUUCUUAGUGGAUGUCACCGUCCCAUUCGAUGAAAACCUCGUGAAAGCCGAAUCAGACAAAAAACUUAAAUAUCUGAACCUGGCGCACGAGGUUACCGAUAUGUGGCGAGUGUCAUCCACUGAGAUCAUCCCAGUCGUAGUGUCAACGAAUGGCCUAGUCCCGACUUCUCUUCACGACCAUCUGAAGAGGUUGGGACUCCGUGACGGACCAAUGAUUGCGAGGCUCCAGCGGGCGAUCUUGCUCGAUAACGCAAGGAUCGUCCGCCGUUUUCUCUCUUUGUCGCCCUGA